UUUUAAGUAAAAAUGUGAUGUUUGCGGAAAUGGUAGAGAAACUCAAGAAAACGAGAUGCCAAGCUGCUCCUGCAGUUCUUCACGCUGGAUCUGGAGAUGUUCAGUGCGACUCCUGCACUGGAUUUAAACAGAAAGCAGUGAAGACCUGUAGGGAGUGUCAAAGCUCUUAUUGUCAAAAUCAUCUUGAACAGCAUGAGAAUCUCUUCAGAAGUAAAGGACACAAUCUGAUGGCUGCCACUGGACGACUGCAGGAGAUGAUCUGCCCUCAACAUGAUAAAAUGCUAGAAAUUUACUGCCGUACUGACCAGCGGUGUAUCUGCAUGCUGUGUUUGGUGGAUGAACACAAAAAUCACGACACUGUAUCAACUGCAGCGGCAAGAGCAGAGAAACAGAGACAUUUUGAGGAAAUGCAGAGAAAAAUCCAGGAAACAAUCCAGCAAAAAAAGAAAGGCCUAAAGCAAAUCAGAGAAGCUGUGGAGUCGCAUAAGGUGAGUUUAGAGAAGAGAC